AAUGUCAAGCCUUCCGUGAGGACAGUGAACAAGAUGAAGCUAAACCUAUCGGAGUAUGGCCUCUGAACUCCGCCACCAGGGGUCGCGAUAUAUCCGGCAGCGGAAACCACGUGACAGAUGACGUCAUGACAUUUGCCGAGGGGCCCGAUGGCGAUUCCAACUCGUCCUUGGAAUUCUCGAAAGAUCUAUUCUACUACAUCAAGCAGAGGGAAGGGAACAAGUCUGUGGAUGUAAGCGGGAGCUUCACUGUCAUGAUGCAUGUCUGGCUGGAGAAUACUAGGAUUUUCUACUUUUUCGACUGGCGGAGUGUUACGUAUGUCAAGGAUCACCUCGUGAUUAAGUCAAUGGUGCCCCGUAUGGUUCUCUACGAAAAAGAAAGCGGCCAGUUCUUGGUACAAGAGGAUUUUUGGGACCUAAAGCUCCACGUGCGCAAGUGGUAUUUUCUGGCCGUGUCCUAUGACCACCUGAAUGGGAUCGCACUAGCUUGCGUAGACGAUCAAUGCCAAGCUGUGAACCAAGUCGCCGUCAGUUCAAGCACAAAACAUCGCUCCUUCCCCGAUGUAAAGAUCGGCACCUCAACAAACGCCGGGACGCGGCUUGCCUGUCUACGUCUGUACGACAUUGCAAUGACAGAAACUAACAUUGUGAAGAAAAGGCAUUACUCACCACACUGUUUGGAUGGUGACGCCACCUUUACCCUUUACGAGAACGCCUCCCCGAUACCGCCCGAAGACAUCGUGGCCAACACCACCAUGUACGAAGUAAUCGAAUGCAUCUCACAAUGUGCUCUUCGCCGACAUUGUCGGGCCGUUAACUUCAACUCUGAGUCGUGCAUCAUGGGCAUCUACCAGAAUGAAACUUUGCUCACGUCUGGGAGUGAAAUGGCUUACGUGAUGGAAACUAACUGAUACAUGUUCAAACAAGUCGCUGAUAAUUAGGAAGGAGAGGUUUAUCGUAAGAUAGAUAGACUCUGAAACUUACAAUUCUGGACCAUAGAUGGAUUCACGGAUCUGUCUUUCCAUCCGAAUGUCUGAGACUAUGUAACACCCAAAAUUCCUCUGUAAAUUUUUACAUGCAGAAUU